UAACAUUAUUAAGAGUUACCUAUCUUCUGACUGGUUAGUGCGGCGCAUGCGCACAGUCUUUCUCAUUGCGAGCCAGUCUACACGUUGCCCAUCACCAUGGCAGAUGAAGAGCAGUUUGAGUCAGCAGAAUCUGGGGCCUCCAAGACCAUUCCUAAGCAGUGCUCAGCUCUGCGCAAGGGAGACUUCGUCUGCAUCAAGAACCGCCCAUGCAAGAUAGUUGAGAUGUCUACAUCAAAGACUGGCAAACAUGGGCAUGCUAAGGUGCAUCUUGUGGGCAUCGAUGUAUUUACUGGCAAGAAAUAUGAAGAUAUUUGCCCUUCCACUCACAACAUGUUAUCCCCUGUGGUGAAGCGCACUGAAUAUACAUUUGUGGACAAGACUGAUGAUAAGUUCCUGCGUCUUAUGAAUGACAAUGGCGAAAUACGAGAAGACCUUAGGUGUCCCGAUGAAGAGCUUGGAAAAGAAAUUGACGCCAAAAUAGAAGCUGGGGAGUCCUUCCUUGUCACUGUGCUGGAGGCCAUGGGUGAAGAGUGUGUGGUCAGCUGUAAAAAUCUGUCUUCAGACAAGUAAAACUUCUUGGCAGCCACCACUCAGCUGUAGGCACCUACAAUUCUACGAUGUGUACAGCACGUGCAGUGGGCGGCAGCAGGAACAGCCCCUUUCCAUCUUGAACCUCCUUGUCGCUGGCUCUUGUUCCUUGAGCUGUGCUCUGGCGGCCAGGAGCCUUGAUGGUCAUCUUUUCAGUCAUCAUCAGUCUUUGCAGAUGGCCGUCGCUGGCAUACAAGUUUUCAUGUUUUUUCCCAUUGCAUUUUCUGAGUCAGUAUACAUAGUCUUUGAUCAGUGGAUUUUUAUUUUGUCUUGACACUAAUACAAGUGUCACCUGACACCUUAGUUUAAACUUAUUUGAGAAACAACCCCAAGGUCUAAACUUAGAAUUUCAAGAUGUAAAGAAUGUGUGCGGAGUAGUUUGUUAAAGAAGGAUGUUAAGAAUAGCCAGGUAACUUCAAGAAUCAUAGGACAUUGACGUUUUGCAAGAUUAAGACUUUUUUUAAAAAAUGGUUAUCUUUCCCCCCCUAAACAUCUUGCUGAAAACUUUGUGCAGCAGUGGCCUCAUGCUGGCUGAAGAUGCUUUGCUUUCCUUGUGCCCAUUCCCCCUACUCCCAGAUUUCAGCGUCACACUGCGGUUGUCAAGUCGGCUACAAUGCUUUUCAGCACUUUGAAUGAAAAAAACUAGUUGGAAUAAACAUUGUUCUCACAGAUGAUUUGUGUCCCAAUUUUUUUUUAUGACAAUUAUUUGUUCUUUUUUCAGCCCAUGUCUAAAAUCCAGCUGUUAAAGAUUAAAACUACUAUUAGUGAAGGUACAAAUGUGCAGUCCUAAAAGUGAAUGGAAGUAAUGUUACCAUAGUGAAUAUUGGAUAGACAAAUAGAAGUAAAUAUCACCUCUGCCUGCCUUCUACUUGAGUUCCUAUAUGCAGUGCAUUUGAAGUUGUAAUUUAUUCUUUGUACAUACAUCUUGUGCGUCAUGUAAAAUGUAUUGAGGCUGGAGUGAAAGGGGUGUGUGGCAAUGAUGCAAAAGAUUUUGUGCAUUUUUUUUUAUUUGGCAACAGUAGUUGCUCUUAGGAAUGGGAUUGGGUGGUGGUGUGGUAGCUUUUAGACAAAAACCAAGUUCAAUUUUACAUGUGAAGGGACCCAUCGAACUGUUAUUCAAACUUUUGUGGCCUCUAUUUUUGAAGUUUAAUAGGUGCAGUAUGACAACCAUUUAAUUGUUUUCAAACUGCACAAUCUUUCGGAAAAUAACAUUAUUGCGCACAUUUAAGAAUUAAAUGAGGUUUUAUUGCAAUUGAGUAAAAUUGUGAUUGUAUAAGUAUGAAAAGGUUUUUAAGCUGUAAGGGGAUAGUUAUUGCCAUAUAGCGUAUGAUCUAUUAAAAGGUCUUACGCAUAGUGACAGCAGCAAGCUUGCACUCCUGACUUGUCAUUGAUUACCCAGAGGCUAGUCAUAUGCUAUAGCCCAUCGACUAGCAUGUUCACGUUCAGUGUCAAUUUUGUUUUGUAUCAAAUCAUCAAGGCUGGCAAAAUGAAAAGAGAAAGCACAGAAAUGUUUAAUCUUGCUACAGCCAAGGCUAUGAAACAUGCAAAAUGGGCAGUGCAAAUGUAGGAAAGUAUGAAAUGCAUCACUUUAUAUAAUUAAGCAAAUAAUUUGAAUGGGGAGGAUAGAAGUUAAUGUUGCACAAGUGUGCUUAAUUUUUUUUUUAGUUGCUCACUGUUUUCAUCAUUUAGGGUUUCAUAAUAAGCAUAACUUUGUAACCAUUUAAUGCUUUUUCUGUGCUGUGGAUGUGGCUUUUUAUUUGAGUAGUGGUUGGGGGAGCUGGGAUCGGAGAACAAGUUACUUUUCUAUGUUGAAUUCUUAUGCUCAGGAAGGCAGGGGUCUGUGUGCUCUUGUUGAGAAGCAUGGAUAUACAUCAUCUACUCCAUCAGAUUCAGAAGUGGGAAAUGACAUUUAUGAAUGAUCCAUCACAAGAAGCUGCCAAUCAGAAUUCACGUUUCUGUAUGUGUAGACACAUUUGACUUCUAUUAAAUUGAAUAAAUUUCGAUUCACUUGAG